ACACGCACGCACACACACGCAGGCACACACUUAAACACACGCACGCACACACACGCACGCACACACACACGCACGCACGCACACACACGCACGCACACACACACGCACGCACACACACGCACACACACACACACACACACACACACGCACAUGCACACACACACCAGAGAUGUUUUUUGUCCUGCUGAGCUGCCGUAGGAAGAAUCAGCUGUUGUUGACUCUGACACAGAGAGGCGGAGUCGACCUGCUGACCUGUGAGUGGACUUUAAAUAGUCCAGGUCCAGGUCCAGGUCGGAUCAGAGCCGAUUAGAGACGCUCUUAUUUUAGACCUGGACCUGUCAAGACAAACUUACAGGUUCAGGUCUUAAACAUUCAGACACGCCUCCAACUGACCAUAUAUGGAAUCAACAUCCCUUUAAAAACGCCUUAAUGGAUUUUUUCCCCCUCGCUGAAAUCAUGGAGGUUCACACUCACAGAUGAUCCAUAUGAUCGUCUCAGAUUAUUGAUCAUUGAUUGACUGAAAUCAUUUCCUGUUGAUGAAACUGAAUUUAUCGUGUGAAGGUGCUUUUAUGACCAUGUGGUCAAAUCUACGGCUCCGAUCAUGUUCAGGAAUCCGGCGAUGGCGUGAAGUCCUGGUUUUAUUCCGGCGUGUUGCUGACGUGUGUUUGAGAACUGGAUGAAAGUCGAGGUCAGAGGAAUUAUUGAUCAACUCUGCCGACAUGAUUCUGUCAGCGUUGUCUGUGAAAUGUCAUCUAUGUCUCCGAUCUCAGGCUGAAGUGUCGGGUUAGCGUGGACAGGAGCUGGAUGGUCACGGCGAUGAUGGCGUUGGAGCGUUUUGUCUCUCGCUCCGACACGGUUAUAAAUCUCAGAUCAUAAAUCUGUUCAGAUGUUUUUGGGGAAGCGGUUCCUGCUGAGAAUCCACUCUGAGUUCUCACUGAACUGAUCAGAGCGCUCUUUGGAAACGCCGCGCUCCCUGAGGAGGAGGAGGAGGAGCAGGAGGAGGAGGAGGAGGAGGAGGAGCAGACGCUUCGCCAAGUCCUCCAACAGAACAAAAUAAACCAGGAUACUUGUGUUUGUGUUUGUGUUUGUUUGUGUACUUGUGUUUGUGUUUGUGAGACUUCCUCUGAGGUUGUCCUCUCACAGCUGAUUUUAUAGAUUGUGAAACCGAUCAUUCUGACUGUCUGAUCAAUAAUUCAUUGAUCAGUUUUAUUAAUUCGAGUGAACAGAGAACAUGAGUGAAGUCUGAGAUCGCUGAACGCUGUGACUCCUUUAAUGGUUGUAGUUUCACUGUUCAACCACUAGGGUUUGUGUGUACACAUGCUCAGAGUUUACUCACUUUCAGAAGAACAAGGACAGGUCGAUCAAUUCUGAACUUUGAACGUUCGUGGAAACGGUUGAUCAACGAGGACCUGGACUCGGAUCUCUACUGUGGAAGUUCUGGAUAAAGUCUAACUUAGAUUCUGCUUCACGUAGACGCGGGUUCGUGUCGUCAUCUAUGUUUGUUUUCUGCAGCUUCAGCAGCAGGAGGAGUCGAUCGAGGAGGUGAUCAAAGACACGGAGACGCUCUUCAAGUCCAGAGAGAAGGAGUACCAGGAGACCAUCGACCAGAUCGAGGUCAGCCUGUCUCACACACACACACACACACUUACUGAUGAUGAUGAUGAUGAUGAUGAUGAUGAAGGUUUGAGCCGCAGUCCUAACAGAACCGCCGCUUCUCUUCAGCUGGAACUGGCCACGGCGAAGAGCGACAUGAACCGCCAUCUUCACGAGUACAUGGAGAUGUGCUCCAUGAAGAGAGGGCUGGACGUUCAGAUGGAGACCUGCAGGAGACUCAUCACGCAGACGGGGGACAGGUGAGCGCGGACCGACACACACCUGCACCAAAACACACACACACACACAGACACACACUCUGACGCUCCUCCCCUCCUCUACAGGAAGUCGACCUCGCUCAUCAGUCUGGCGGUGGAUGACUCGGACAGCGAGGAGAAGGAGAGGAGGAAACCAGCGCUGCCCGCUGACUCUGAGAGCAGAGAGACGUACUGCGACGCCAACGCCGCCAUCCCUCCGCUCACCUGGAGGAAACCUUAACACACGCCCCCCCCCCCCCGCAGAACUUGAAGAACUGGUUCUGGUUCUGGUUCUGGUCACCAACACGUCAGCGGGUCGAUUAGAGUCAAACUCAAACUGUUUCUGAUCCGUUUCCUCAAAAAAAACCCAUUUCCUGUUUCUAAGUUUUUAAAGGGCGACAGAUUCACCCCUCACUGAGUCUGCGCCGCCCUCUGGUGGUCGUUGGCUGUAACGGCACCUCAGUGAAGGUCAAUCUAAACAAAACAGAUUCUUCAAGACUCGAUCCUCUCACCUGAGAACGCUUCAGGUGAGCGUCUUUAUUUCUCCGACAGAAGCGUUACGACUUUGAACCGAACACACGGUCACCGUCCUCAACGCUCAUCAGCAGAAGAAAUCAAAAACACGACGUGUGUUUGGCAGGUCUCAAGUUCGGUUAGCCCUUCAAAUUAAAAGACAUCACAAAAAUAAGAGCCCAAAAAUUAAACGGAGCGUGUUUUAAAGGAAGUCUCGUGAGUUUCUGUCAGGUGACCACAUUCUGAGGACACGACCACGUCAGGGCGGAGCUUCAGAGUCAAGUCUAGUUAAUUUUGAGAGUUUUUGGUGUCGGGUCGAGUGUUUUUUACACACUGAGUUAGUCCACACAACACAAACUCUAAACUUCUGUGCAAAACCGCCGACGAAGGAUUUUAUAAACAAAGAUGUACGGUCGCCCGACCUGAAAGUGCAAAAAUGUUUUUAAUUUGGUAAAAAUCAUUUUAAUCAGAGCUGAUAAUUAAAAUCAGAAACAUUUAACUUUUGUUUCUAAAGACGUUCACGGACACAAACUUCCUCUGUCUGAGGAGAGAAAUCAAAAACGAACCAACGAUCAUUUUCAGGACGUUUAAAGAAAAGUCACGAUCCGUUUAUUAGUUUUAUAAAUUAUAAAGAACCUCCUGAAGUUAUUUUCUCUCUAAACCGGAUCAGAGACGACAGGAGACCCAGAUCAGAGGAUCGAAGAGUCUCCAAGGUUCGGUUAACGCUGACUGAAAAAGAGCGAAGAGCUGCAGCAGGUCGUCAUCAUCAUCAUCACCGUCAUCAUCAUCAUCAUCAUCAUCCUCAUCAUCAUCAUCACCUUCAUCAUCAUCAUCAUCAUCAUCAUCAUCACCAUCAUCAUCCAGAGCAGGUGGAGGAGGUCGUUCAGUUUGACGACCUCCACCUGAAGCUGCUCUGGAUGAUGAUGAUGAUGAUGAUGAUGAUGAUGAUGAUGAUGACGGUGAUGAUGAUGAUGAUGAUGGUGAUGAUGAUGAUGAUGAUGAUGAUGAUGAUGAUGGUGAUGAUGAUGAUGAUGAUGGUCUGCUGCAGAAGAUCUGUUUUAUUUUGAAGAAGUUAAAAUCCUGUUUAAUUUUAAAAUCCUGCUUUAAAAGAGUUUGAUCCUGUUCAGUUUGUAAAAACUGUAUUUACUGUAAAACUGUAUUUACUGUAAAACUGUAUUUACUGUAAAAACGCUCCUGACUGUAAAUAUCUGAACGUCUUUUCUCUUCAGCGCCGCAGCCAUCGUUCAAACACGACUCUAAAUAAACGAAGUUCGCCGCUUCUUCAGUAACCGUCAUAUUUAUCACCGAAACAGCUUCUUCUCUCUGAGACUAACAGCUGACGCUUGUGUGUGUGUGUGUGUGUGUGUGUGUGUGUGUGUGUGUGUGCGCGCUCAGAGAGGAAACAAAGAGCUCCUUUAACUUCUCAAAAAUAGACUCCCAUCAUUCACCUCAUCCGUCCGUCCGUCCGUCCGUCCGUCUGUGUGCUGCACUGGAACUGUCCGUAUGUUAUCAGGCUGUAAAUAUAAACUGUGAUCAAUGAGAGAGAGAGAGAGAGAGAGAGAGUGAGAGAGAGAGAGAGAGAGAGAGAGAGAGAGAGAGAGAGAGAGAGAGAGAGAGAGAGAGAGAGAGAGAGAGAGAGAGAGAGAGAGAGAGAGAGAGAGAGAGAGAGAGAGAGAGAGAGAGAGAGAGAGAGGAGAGAGAGGGAGGGAGAGAGAGAGAGAGAGAGAGGGAGAGACCUCAUGAAAGAGAGAGAGAAAGAGAGGGAGAGAGAGAGAGAGAGAGAGAGAGGGAAGAGAGAGAGAGAGAGAGGGAGAGAGAGACCUCAUGAAAGAGAGAGAGAAAGAGAGAGAGAGAGAGGGAGAGAGAGAGAGAGAGAGAGAGAGAGAGAGAGAGAGAGAGGGAGAGAGAGAGAGAGAGUGAGAGAGAGAGAGAGGGAGAGAGAGUGAGAGAGUGAGAGAGAGAGAGAGAGAGAGAGAGGGAGAGAGUAAGAGAGGGAGAGAGAGAGAGAGAUAGAGAGAUGAGGUCCUGAUGGUUUCUGAUGGUUUUUGGUGGAUUUACUGAAUAAAGUCUCUGAUCGAGUUUC